CAGUCGCCCCGUGGCUCGGCAGGCGAGCUGCGUAUUGCUGCGUCAUCGCCAGUGGCCGGUUUGAAUGAGUCUUUCGUCGCACCUCGUCUGCCGCCACCGCCGCGCCUCCGCCUCGGCCGCCGCCACUACUUCGCCUCCCUUUCCCUUGGCCGCCCUUGCCAGACCCAGCCUUCCCACGCCGCCGCCUCCCUACGCGCCUCGCCAUGCCACUCUACUCCGUUACUGUGAAAUGGGGAAAGGAGAAAUUUGAAGGUGUGGAACUGAAUACUGAUGAACCUCCCAUGGUGUUCAAGGCUCAGCUUUUUGCAUUGACUGGAGUCCAGCCGGCCAGACAGAAAGUUAUGGUAAAAGGAGGAACUCUGAAGGAUGAUGAUUGGGGAAACAUCAAAAUAAAAAAUGGAAUGACUUUACUAAUGAUGGGGUCAGCAGAUGCGCUUCCUGAGGAACCCUCAGCUAAAACUGUCUUCGUAGAAGACAUGACAGAAGAACAGCUGGCAUCUGCUAUGGAAUUACCAUGUGGAUUGACAAACCUUGGUAACACUUGUUACAUGAAUGCUACAGUUCAGUGUAUUCGUUCUGUGCCUGAACUCAAAGAUGCCCUUAAAAGGUAUGCAGGUGCCUUGAGAGCUUCAGGGGAGAUGGCUUCAGCACAGUAUAUUACUGCAGCCCUUAGAGAUUUGUUUGAUUCCAUGGAUAAAACUUCUUCUAGUAUUCCACCUAUUAUCCUACUGCAGUUUUUGCACAUGGCUUUUCCACAGUUUGCAGAAAAGGGCGAACAAGGACAGUAUCUUCAACAGGAUGCUAAUGAAUGUUGGAUACAGAUGAUGCGAGUAUUGCAACAGAAAUUGGAAGCCAUAGAGGAUGAUACUGUUAAAGAGACAGAUUCUUCAUCUGCAUCAGCAGUGACGCCUUCUAAAAAGAAAAGUUUAAUUGAUCAGUUCUUCGGAGUUGAGUUUGAAACCACCAUGAAAUGUACAGAAUCUGAAGAAGAAGAAGUCACUAAAGGAAAGGAAAAUCAGCUUCAGCUUAGCUGUUUUAUCAAUCAGGAAGUCAAGUAUCUUUUUACAGGACUUAAAUUGCGACUUCAGGAAGAAAUCACCAAACAGUCUCCAACAUUGCAGAGAAAUGCUUUGUACAUCAAAUCUUCCAAGAUUAGCCGGCUACCUGCUUACUUGACUAUUCAGAUGGUUCUUUUUUAUAAAGAGAAGGAGUCUGUAAAUGCUAAAGUUCUUAAGGAUGUUAAAUUUCCUCUUAUGUUGGAUGUGUAUGAACUGUGUACACCAGAACUUCAAGAGAAAAUGAUUUCUUUUCGAUCAAAAUUCAAGGAUCUAGAAGAUAAAAAAGUAAAUCAGCAGCCAAAGGCAAGUGACAAAAAGAGUAGUCCCCAAAAAGAAGUUAAGUAUGAACCCUUUUCUUUUGCUGAUGACAUUGGCUCCAAUAAUUGUGGAUACUAUGACUUACAAGCAGUGCUAACACAUCAGGGAAGGUCUAGCUCUUCAGGCCAUUAUGUAUCGUGGGUGAAAAGGAAACAAGAUGAAUGGAUUAAGUUUGAUGAUGAUAAGGUCAGCAUCGUGACACCAGAGGAUAUCUUGCGGCUUUCUGGUGGUGGAGACUGGCAUAUAGCUUAUGUUCUACUGUAUGGCCCUCGCAGAGUUGAAAUAAUGGAAGAGGAAAGUGAAUAGUAAUCUUCAUUCUAGCUAUUUAUGCUUAGGUGUGAAAUAAAUGUUAUUUGUUGAUCAUUUCUAUAACCCAGAGCUUUAGAGAAAGAUGUUUAGGUGAUUUUAUGUGUUUCCCCUCAUGUGGAACAGAAGAGGGUAGAAGCAGACCACUCUGUGUAUCAACCUAAAAAAUUACAGAAAAGAGAAAAUUGCCUUUGGACUGUGCUGCCCUGGAUAAAGGUGGCAGGAAGACAUUUUUAAAAAGCUUAUUUCUUGGAUUAACUUUUAAAAAUCCUUGAGUUGAAAUGCCUUUCAGCUAUUACCUUCUGUGAUAAAUUCUCUGCCUUUUUCAGCCCAAAAGUCAACAAUCAGAUGUUUAUUGCACACCUAUUAACCCUAUUGUUUGUUGUUCUUGCAUGGUUCAGACCACCAGUGAUUGAGUAGCUGCCCAUCCUUUGCCUUAUCUAACAAAAAUGUGGCCAGGAAGGUGGAAAGGAAGUAAGUGUUGAUCUCGUUGUGUAACUCAGUGCUGCUGUCCCCAACCCAUGGAGACAUGGGUACAAUCAAGUAUUUGUCCAGCCUGACUGUUGCUGGCUUUUCAUGACUUUAAAAUAAAUUGUGAUCAAUAAUAGA